AAGCUUCCUCACAUCUCACUUCAUAAGUGUGACUCGCUCUAAGGCUCUUCAGUUUGACUCGUUGAUCGGAGAAAGGUACAAAACUUUCUGAUUCCUGGUUUCAAUACCAUCAGUCAAUUCGGUUUUGAAGAUGUCGGCGAUGGUAGAUCGGAGGUUGUUAUCGACGCUAAACCCGAACGCGCCGGUGUUCGAUCCGGUUGGAUUUCGUGAGGUCGAGGAUUUUUCACCCAAGUGGUGGGAUCUGGUGACGACGUCAAAAUGGUUCCGUGACUUCUGGCUGAGUUCCAACUCUGAGUACGAGUUCGACGACGGCGACGAUGAUUUCUCUGUUUUUGAAGAAGAGUUCGAGGAGAUGGUCGCUUCUUCCGAUGGUGGAUCUAUGGUUGAUUCAGUUACCGAUGUUGCUAAGUAUUUGAAGAUGCUUCUGAACAUGGCGGAGACUACGAAAGAGAAGCUGAACAGAUCAAAGUUGUCGUUGAUGUCGUCAUGUUCACCAAAGUGUAGCCAGAAGAAGAAGUACGUGAAUCCAAACUUCAGUUGUCGCCGUAAUCAUCACAUCUAUCAGCCACGGUGAAGCUUCUACAUGGUGUGGAACUAAGCUCUUCUUUGAUCAGGGUUUUGUCUGUGAAUAUAUAAAUAAAUAACGCUAGUUAUGAGCUUUGAAAUCGAACCUGAUAAAGUGUUUCGGUUCUUGUUUCAAUUUGGGUCAUAAAUUUCGAAUGUGGUUUGUACUUUGGUUAAAAUAAUAUCGAAGCGAGCCUCUUGCAAGUUGAAACCAUGAAAUAUAAAAAUAAGUCUUUGGAAA